ACAAUCUACAAGUACAUACUAACCCUAAAAUUGGAAACAAACAAUAAGCGGGAGUGAGUGUGUUUCUCUCUCUAGAAAAACACUCUCACACACACUCUCUCUCUACCGCUUUCUCCUAAACCUUAUCUCAGUUCUCAGAACCCUACUUUGAUCGGCUUCUUUUAUGUAUCCCAUUGUUUGUUUGGCUUAAUGGCGGUCUUUAAUAUGAUUGGAUAUUGACCUAUUCUUAUAAAUUCUGAGCCGUUCUCCUCGGUGGUUGUACUAUCCAUCAUGACUGCAUCAGAUGAUGUACCCAAAAUAAGGUUGAAGAUCAAGUUUUCCUUUAAGAAUGCUGAUCUUUUGCUAAAAAGUGGGUCUUCUGAAGUUAGGAAGCAGACGUUUAUGAAUGAGGACUGUGCUCAGAAUAUAUCUGUUGAUGGGAACAGGGGAUCAACGAUGAAGAAAUCACAUGAAGCUGCUCCUCACGCUUCAGAUAGCUUAAUAUUAUAUGGUGCUGAUAGCUCCAAUGUUGCAUCUCCUGGUCAAAGCUCUAGGAAGCGCGGAUUAUUAAGGGUGAUAGAUUCUGCUAUGAAUAAAAGACAGAAGAUGGAUCCUAGUUUAAAGCAGCAUUGUGGUAGCAUUCUGGAAGCAUUGAUUAAGCAUCCGGCUGCACUGGGUUUCAGUGAACCAGUUGAUCCUAUAAAGUUCAAUAUUCCUGAUUAUUUCUCUGUAGUCUCUAGUCCUAUGGAUUUGGGAACAGUAAGAUCCAAAUUGCAGAAUGAUAUGUACUUCAGUACUGAGGAAUUCAAGGAUGACGUCAGGCUGACCUUUUCUAAUGCCAUGCUGUACAAUCCUUCUGAUAACAUUUUUAAUAGAAAUGCAAAAAAACUAGACGGCAUCUUCAAUACCAAAUUGAAAUCUCUGGAUGCCAGAUUGAAGUGUGAGAGCAUGAAUCCCAAACAGAAUUCUCAUUCUAGUGGAAGGGAAAGGAAAACCACAGAAACAAAGUAUCUCUGCCGUAGAAGAUCUUCUGUGCAUAGUGGAUUAGCUCCUACGAUAUCUAUGUCUACUGAGGAUAAGAGAAAGCUUACAGAGGAGUUUGUUGUAGCAACGAGGCCGAAAAUAAGAGAGAACUUGAUGAUCUUAAACACCGGAGCUGCAAAUGAGCCUGCUAAAAAUAUACAAAAUAGCAGAUCCCCUGGAGACAAGAUUUUGCAAAAAGGCAUAGCCAUUGGUAGUAGAAGUACUUGUCGCACUGCUAAAACCAUGCCCUCGGCGAGCAUGGUUGCUACUCGAUGCAGUUCAUGUGGUAGUCUGGAGUGCCAUUGCUGCCCGCUGGAUGGUUAUGCCUGUGCAGCAUCCUCCAGGGACUUGGCUUCAGAAAGACAUAUGGGACAAAAUUGUGAUGGUUCCAAAAUGGAGCAUGGAAGCGGCUUAAUUUCUGAUGCCUGUAAAUCUGAUCCGGAAUCUGAUGGGGCUGUAAGUGUGUUGGAUGAACAGAAGAUAUGUUCCAGUCCUCAAACAUCUAUUGUUGGUACAACUGGUGUUGCUGCUGAAGGUUGGACGACUGAUAGUGAUCUUCAGCUGUCUCCAAAGAAAGCUCUUCGUGCUGCAAUGCUAAAAAGCCGUUUUGUUGACACUAUAUUGAAAGCAAAACAGAAGACACUUCUUGAUCAUGUUGAGAAGGUGGAUCCCGUAAAAUUUCGGCAACAAAAAGAAAAACUGGAGAGGCAACAACUAGCAGAGAAGGCCAGAAUUGAAGCACAAAUAAGAGCAGCUGAAGUUGCCUCUUCAUUAAGAGCUCAAGAGGAAUUGAGAAUACGGCGGGAGAGAGAAAGAGAUGAAGCUCGUAUUGCAUUACAGAAGAUGGAAAAGACUGUUGAGAUAGAUGAGAAUCUGAAUAUUCUGAAAGAAUUCGACAUGUUUAGUCGUGGGUCAGAUAAAUCCUUAGUACCAUUUGAAGCGAGUCAGGGUGGCCACUUAGGAAAUAUUUUGGAACAUCUUGGACUUUACAUGAAGGAUGAUUAUAUGGAUUAUGAAGAUGAGGAAGAGGGACUAUUUUUGCAUGAUAGGGAGGAGGGACUAGUGUGCUCCUAGCCCAGAUCUUGUUAUUCUUCUCAGUUGUUCGGAGAAGGAUUGUAUAGACAACUAUAGUCUGUACAUGUGUUGUUGCUUAUGAAUCCACAAAUAUGUUUCCUAAAUAUAAUUAUUUUAUCUGAAACUAAUACAGUGGCAGAUAAAAGUGUGGAAAGUGUAUGUGAGCAAAACUGCAUGCUUGGCUACGGGAUAUUAAGAGCUGACAAGCCUCCUUUUUAGAUGAUGGGUAGUUUAUCAAUAUUUGUGUAUAUAUUGUAGUUUGUAUAAUGAAUUUAAGAAUAUUAGUUUUUCUAAUGGGGGCUGGCCUGCUGGGAGUAGAGAUGAGUUUAUUGUAAUCUUGUAUACUGAACAUGUUUAAUUUUACACUCUGUCUGUGUUGUGUUUA